GUUCACCUAAACCUAACCUAAAUCCUAAGUCCUCCACGUGCAGAACAUCAAUCGUAUUGUGUUAGAAGUGUUGAGUAUUUUUUUUCAUUGAAAAAUGACAAACAAGUCACUGAAACGGAAAAGGGAAAUGGAAAAUGUGAAGCAAGGAAUACCUAAGGACGAGGGAGAAGUCCUUCCUGCUAAGAGGUCGUCAGAUGAGCCACCAGUUAAAAGGGAAAAAUGGACGAACCGACAAAGGGUCUUGGUCUUCGCGUCCAGAGGGAUAAAUCAUCGAGACCGUCACUUGAUGGAGGAUUUGAAGUCACUCAUGCCUCAUCAUCGAACAGAAGCUAAAAUGGAAAGGCAGAAGAACCUCCAGGUGGUGAACGAGAUUUGCGAAGCCAAAAAUUGUAACAAGGCGGUUUUAUUCGAAGGGAGGAGGAAGAGAGAUCUCUACAUGUGGUUUUCAAAUGUCAAAAGUGGUCCCUCUGCCAAAUUUUUGGUUGAGAAUAUUUACACAAUGGGAGAAAUGAAAGUGACAGGCAAUUGCCUAAAGGGAUCACGUCCAAUUCUCUCCUUCGAUGAGAACUUUUCAAAAAAUCCUCACUACGCCCUCCUGCGAGAGUUGUUCACCCAGAUAUUUGGUGUGCCCAACCACCACCCCAAAAGCAAGCCCUUCUUCGACCACAUCUACACAUUCAGCGUCCUGGACAACAGGAUAUACUUCAGAAACUACCAGAUCCUGACUGAAGAUGGAGGAUUAGCAGAAAUAGGUCCCAGAUUUAUUUUAAAUCCAGUGAAAAUAUUCGCCGGGAGUUUCGGGGGAGAAACCCUCUGGGACAACUACUUUUACAUCUCUCCAGCGAAGUAUCGUCAAGCCGUCAAUAAGAAAGCUGGUGGAAAGUAUAUAAAUAGGCUCGAGCAGAAGACGGCACAGAAGGCGCACAAGCCUGAGGUCUCGUAUGCGUUUAAUCCAUUGGAUGACAUAUUUAAAUGAGAACCAUUGGUGAAGGCCCCACUCCGGGGCAAUCCCCGGACGCGCCACUCAACGCCAUUUUUAUGUCCCCAAAUAGUUUUUUUCAAUUUUUGGGUGUAGGAUUCGUUUGUUGGAGUCUGACAAUCACAAACGAUAAAAGUAGUCUGACAAUCACCGACUAACGACUGUCAAACGACCUGUCUAAAUGACAUAGUUAAUUGUCAUUAAUGAGUAGCCAACGGCACACAGCGUCACGCAUGGCGUCCCGAGGUACUUGUCGACGGUUUCGGUCAACGAGGAAUCGACUUAGUAGAAGUUCACGUCAAUAUUAGUAAUGAUCCCGGCGGUGGGAGGCGCCACCGUCGAUUCUGGCGGCCGGCGGCGACAGAAAGUUUCAUAUAUAGAUAGCGGACGGGUGAUUUCCUUCUGCAUCGUAAUGAAAAUUACAAUACAAGGAUGAUUUUAUAUCAAUUAUUUAUUUUUCCAUACAAAUUAUAAACAUGUUUUACAAAUACUGUACAUAUACUGAAUUCUAUUAUACUUUUAAACCUCUAAA